AUGUCCGCCACUCGCGGAAUGUACGAGACUAUGUUGUUGCCCCGCUCCGUCGCCACUCGUACUACGUCCCAGGGGAAGAAGGUAAAGCAGCCCUUCGUCUUCGUACCGCCCCUGAUAAGGACUGAAUUCAGUAAGGGGUCUGUCGAGCACAGCAGCGAUGAGGACGAAGAGGGCGAGGACAAUGAGGAGGAGAAUGGCGAAGGCAAAGAGAGCAACGAGAGCAACGACAACGCGCCCGCGUCUACAGCGUCUGGAGUCAAGCCAAAGCAGAAGCGCGUUUUUCGCCGUCCCAUCGUCCCCUCGCCCCCGCCAUCUAUCGCCCCCGCGUCCGCUCCCCCCCCAUCUCAGUCCACCUCGCUUGCGCCCUCCCCAUCCAAAGGCACCGCCGUGCCUGCGCGCUCCCCGUCCAAGGGUUCCGCUACGCCCGCGCCCACUCGCGUCACCGCCCAGGAAACGGCGCAGGACGGUGUGAGCGGCAGCCACGAAGAAGGCAGCAUUGUCGAAGACGCCGAGGGCGAUCAGCGCAGUGCGGUCGCCCAAGGGGGGACGGCAUCCCUGAAGCGCCGCAAUUCGGCCGGCGAGGAACGGUCCCAGUACUCUGAGGGCGAGGACGAGGAUGACGACGAGGUGAUCGUCAUAUCCGGCGGGGCGGCCCCGCCCAUGAAGAAGAGGAAGAUCGAAACGCAGCCGGGGGAGCGUCGCAAGGGCGCGAUCGACUACAGCAGCAAGUAUGACAAAGCCGCUGAGGUCCUCGACCUCACAGCGGACUCCGACGCGGGGGGCGGCAGCGGACAUCAUGCGGCGGAGCCGACAGCGCAGCCGACAGCGCAGCCGACAGCGCAGCCGACGCCCCGCAAGAUCAUCGCAGUUCCCUUGAACGCUGAGACGUUCUUGAACGCGUCGGUCGUUCAACUUAACCGCGACCGCAUGAUUGACUUCGAGCGCACUUAUGAGGAGAUGGGCGUGCGCCUCGGGCAGAUGCAGAAGUGGGCCAGGGACUUUCAGCUGGUGGCGUCCCAGCUCGAGAACGCUCUCACCCUCCUCAAGGCCGGGCAUCCGCGUAGGGCGUAG